AUGGCGCUUGCUUUUGUUCAGGCACCACUAAGUGCCACUGCGUCUGCCCAACCUCCAACGCGGUGGGCACGUGUGGACCGGGCAUCGGGAAAAUCACAGGGCAGCGGGGCCCUGCCCCUGGCAUGUUCGGCGCUCCUCGGCGCGGGUGCUGCACACCGCCGCUCUGCACAGCAGGUUCCGAAGGCCAGGUCCCGUGUUCUGCGGCACGGGGCCAGCAAGGCCUCGCAGCUAGCGAAGCUGGUGCACCUGGGAGGCAGCUCAGCGGAGAAGGCCCUUGUGGUAAACCUGGAUAGCAACUUCUACGGAAGCUUCGCGGAGAUCGGAGCCGGGCAGGAGGUGUCCCGCACCUUCCUGCAAGCGGGAGCCGCUGCCGGCACCGUGGCUCGGUCCAUAUCUGCCUACGACAUGAAGAUGUCCGACUUGGACUACGGCAAGGCCUCCCGUUACGUCACGCGCGAGCGGUUGGAGCAGAUGCUGAACACCGAGUACGACGUCGUGGAGAAAAAUCUCCGAGCUACCAAGGGUGGUGACGCCCGCUUUUUCUCCUUUGCCAGCACGUUGGCAGCGAAGGCAUACAUGUCCGAUCGAGAAUGUGAAGGCUGGGUUGGCCUCAAGUACCAGGCUGAGAUCGGCGCAGCGCCAAGCACGGUGAUCCUUCACAUUCGCAUGAGCCAGCCGACGGCACAGCAGCAGGGCGAGGCAAUUGGUGUUCUGGGCACCAACCUCAUCUACCUGUGCUACUCGAUGUCAGACCCCUAUCUGAUCACAUCCUUCCUGCUUGAUGGCAUGUCCCUCAGUGACGAGCCCAGUGGUGGUGGCCGGAUCGAGGUGGACUUUAUCGACUUCACCGGACCGUCCUUCCCCAAGGAGGCCAUAGAUGCCCGGCUACUGGCCUUCCGCAUGGUCCAGCUGCGCAUCGCCAAUGGGGUCCUGAUGGAGCCCGGCUCGGAUGGCCGCUACAAGAUGGUUGUGCCCAACAACGCGCUGUACAAACGCCCAGUCAUCGUGGAGCGUUCGCGCUUCAAGCCAUGUACAUCCAUGCACACAGAGGUCAUCGAGACCGCUGCACGGCGGCUGAAGAAGGAGAAAGCGGAGGGCAAGGAACCGAUGAAGAUCCUGAACCUCCAGAUCGAUGACAUCACCUCACCUGUCUCCAAAGACGAGAUUGGUCAGCGCUUGGCGCAGAUGAAAAAGCUGAGCAGCGAGGAUUAUGGUGGCAAGCUGAGCCUCGAUGACUUUGGAGCCUUGAUUGGCGACCGCCUCAGUGAGGAAGAGGUGCAGAGCAUAUUCAGCGAACUGGCUGGAGGAGGCACAGAGGCAUCGGUGGAUGCUCUGUUGAACCUGACGGGAGAUGAUCGGAGCAUUCUCGCGACAGACUUCCUCCAGCGCUUCGAGAUGCUCGAAACUCUGAAAUAUCCCGUGCUGCUCUCGAACAUCCAGAGGACCCACCAAUUGGUGCGGUACUUGAAUCGGUACACCAACCAGGACGUCGUCAUCGCUGUCGGGGGCGGUGGCUACUCACUGAAACGGGCCCUUUUCAACCCAGAGAGCUAUGGCAAGUCUGAGGGUGGGAUGUUGGCGGCCUUUGGAAACCUCUUCCAGAAUGGAACGACAAGGAUCUUCACAUACCCGAGCAUCGACGGCGAGGGUAAUUUAACGCCUGCAACCGUACCUUCGGACGACGAGCAGAAGCUGUACGAGUACCUGGAGUCCAAAGGCUACAUUGAGCCACUCACGAACGCCUACAUCAGCCCCGAGGCCCGGGAUCCGGAGACGAACCAGUGCUUUGCUAUGGGAGCUGCUGAGGUUGGUGAAUUGAUCCAGAAGGACGCCUCCAACUCCGACUGGGAGAAGUUUGUUCCGGCCAGUGUUGCCAGCACGUGCAAGUCGCACAGGUGGUUUGCGCGGCUGAGCUCAGGGAAGCUGCUCUCGAAGGAGGCCUACAAGGUCUUGAACGACCUUUGA